CAGAGUUUGGGAGGAGACCGACGCGGCGGGCGGCUCGACCGGGUGGACCCUCGACCGACCGACCGACCGACCGACCAGCCGGCGGACGGACGGACGAUGACCUGAGCGGACUCCGCCCUCCCGCUCCAACUUGUGUCGGGGCCGAUGAGCAGGACCGCGGGAGGAGAUGUUGUUCCACCCGGGCCGCGAGUCGCGUGCGACAUCGUCGUAAGACAUCAUGGCAAACGUGAAAGUUGCCAUUCGAGUCCGCCCUCCCAGCGCGAGGGAAGGUGCGGAUGGAGGAAGGCUGGCGGUUCAGGUGGAGGAUAAGUUUGUGAGGAUCCAAAAUGUGAAGCUGGAUGGACGUGCAGACGGGGCUGUAGAUUCCAGGGAGAAGCUUCUGGAGUUUUGUUUUGACUACAGCUACUGGUCGGUGGACCCUGCAGACCCUCACUAUGCCUCGCAGGAGGAGGUGUUCCAGGACCUGGGUGUGUUAGUGCUGUCCGGAGCCUCUGAAGGUUACAACGUGUGUCUGUUUGCUUACGGCCAAACGGGAUCUGGAAAGACGUACACCAUGAUGGGAACGCCGGACUCCAUCGGCUUGACCCCUCGCAUCUGUCAGGGUCUCUUUAGGUCUGAGGACACUUUUCCUGAUGGGCAAAACUCCAGCAGAAUCGAGAUCAGCUUCCUGGAGAUCUAUAAUGAGCGAGUGAGAGACUUGCUGACCAGAGGAGAGCAGAAGAGGAAAGCCUCACUGAAAGUUAGAGAACAUCCCGAGAAAGGCCCCUACGUACAAGACUUGUCGCAGCAUGUGGUCUCGGACUGUAAGCAGGCCAUGGAACUUUUGGAGGAAGGCAUCGCCAACCGCAUCACGGCAGCGACCCAUAACCACGACGCCAGCAGCAGAUCUCACGCUAUCUUCACCAUCCAGUACACGCAGGCAAACCUAGAAAAUAACCUUCCUUCAGAAACUGUCAGCAAGAUUAACCUGGUGGACUUGGCUGGGAGUGAGAGAGCAGACCCACAAUACUGCAGAGACAGACUAACUGAAGGCUCCAACAUCAACAAGUCGCUGGUCACUCUGGGCAUCGUCAUAUCUGCUCUCGCCCAGAACUCUCAGAUGUCUAGCAGCUGCCAGAGUAUCAACAGCAUGGCCUCAGAGGGUGAUGGCAGCACGGUAGGCAGUCACAGCAGCUCCCUCUCUGGAGGAGGAGGAGGAGGAGGGAGGAGGCACUGCUUCAUCCCCUACAGAGACUCGGUCCUAACCUGGCUGCUUAAAGACAGCCUGGGUGGCAACUCCAAGACCAUCAUGAUUGCAACGGUCUCACCCUCCGCUAAAAGUUACAACGAGACCCUCAGCACUCUGCGCUAUGCUGCCCAUGCCCGAAAUAUUGUCAAUAAACCUCGAGUUAAUGAGGAUGCCAACGUUCGGCUCAUCAGGGAGCUGAGAGAAGAGAUUGACAGACUGAAGAGCAUGCUGCUCAGCUUUGAAAUGCAGCGCAUUCCCAGUCCAUCUCUGAGUGAUGAGAGGGAUGGAAAUCUUUCCGACAUCGUGCUACAGAACGAAAUGAAGGUGGAACAGCUGACGAAGGACUGGUCGGAGAGCUGGAGAGAUAAGAAGGAGCUGCUGGAGCAGUGUAGUGUGGACAUCAACAGUGAGCGGGCCGGCUUUCUCAUCAACUCCCUCCAGCCGCACCUGCUCACCCUCGAUAGAGAUGUUCUCAGCACCGGGGUCGUCUUCUAUCACCUCAGGGAUGGAAUCACUCACAUUGGACCUCAGGACCAGUUUGAAGAGCCCCAGAUAGUUCUGCAGGGCAGCGCAAGCUGUGAGAUUGAAAACCGUGGAGGUGUGGUAACACUCCGACCCCUGCCAGGCGGCUCCUGCCUGCUCAAUGGCCGAGAGGUCACCGAGCCCUGCAGGCUGGCUCAAGGGAUGGUGAUCACCUUGGGAGGAGUGCAUAAGUUCCGCUUCAACCAUCCGGCAGAGGCAGCCAUCCUCCGGGAACGCAGACGGGCUAGUGAAGGUGGCAUGACCUGCACCUACGUUGACCUUUGCCCCUUAACCCCUGACCACAGUGUCGAGGAAGCGAAUCCCGGAGAGCAGCUGAGUCUCCCCGCAGGUGAGGAGCCCACUGUGAGACGGCGUGUGAAGGAGCAGCAGUGCUACGUGGAGAGUUUGCGUCAGGAGAUCCAGGCCGCACAGAGACGGGCUGAGAGGGAGCUGGAGAGGGAGCAGGCCCACCUUCGCCAGCAGCACACCGAGAUCCAGCAGUGGAUUUUACAAGAGAAACAAUGCCUGACCACUGUUGAGCAGACAGUCACCCUGGAGUCUGGAGUUCAGACAGACGAUAUCCCUGCGACCCUCCCGGAGCGACUGACGAGUCAGGUGCCCGAGGAUCAGGGAGAUCUGACAGAGAAUCGUUUCUGCCAGAUGGUAAGAGCCAGGAAGAAAUCUGUGCAGGAGGAGUUACUAAAGCAUCACACCCUUUGUCGCGCUGAAAGCCGCAUCCGUCGCAAGAGGCUGCAGUACCAGCUGGAGAGGAUCGCCCGGAAGCAGCAUAUGUUAGAAGCUAAAAGGGAAUUACAGCAGCUGGAAAAGGCUCUUUCUCCAGGACCAGACAGCCCCGAGUCUCCCGAGCUGGUGUCCCCCGCAAAGCGACACUUUGUUUCUCGUCGUCACUCAUUCUCAGCAGAUCUUCUGUCCCGGCUCUACCCACAGAACACCCCUAUCUUCAGACAUUUCCUGAAGAGAAACAUAUCCACUGAACUGACUUCAAAUUCCCCCUCAACAUCUGAUUCUAUCGGCAGCAGGAAGUGGGUUUCGGAUGAGUGUCUUCCUCGGGAAAGGACUCAAAGUUGUUCCGGGACUAACUGCUCAGGACAAAGUCAAUCCUGCCAGAGUAGAAUUAACUCGUCUGAAAACAUCCGACAAGCUUCCAGUGAGGAGCCACAAGCUCUGCCCUGUCGGGAACGGCCUGAGAGAAAACCUCUGCUGCCAAACCGAGACCUGUCUUUCAAAAACCGUUUGGAUCAGAACUCGACAGUUACCCUGAAGUCACCACUUGGAACCACUGUGCAGCCAGUCAGCAAAGAAAAUAUACAGGUAUCCGCAACAGACAAAACCAGUUCUGAAAUUGUCUCUUGUAUGACGGUGAGAACAACAUGCCGUGAACCUCACAGUGGACUAGAAAGCAUCAGGAAAUCUUUCUCUGGUUCUGUGGGGCCCAGGUUAAAAACAGCGCUGUCCAAAGUCUUCAGAAAACCGCCAUUGGGUGCGAAUGGUGGACGAGGGCUCAAGCCUCUGGGGAGGAUAGCAAGCAAAUUUCACUGGAGACAGAAAAGAGACAGGAUCCUAAAAGAUGGCAACACGAGCAGAAGCAAAUGUGGCAUCAAAGCAGCCGUCUCAUGCGGGGAGCUUGACCAAAGGACGGCUUUUGAGGACAUUAGACAGAGGCGAUGGCACAGUGCCGAGGCUCUGAUGAAAAAGACAAGCAGAUGGGUUGAGCGGCAGCGGGGACUGGUCGGGUGGGAAGAAGAGGGAGACGAGAGGGAUGAAGGAACGUCAGACUGUGAGAGUGUUUUCUCUCUUGAUUCUCUCUCCUCUGCUUAUGUGACAGCUCUCGCAGAGCAGCUGAGACAAGAGGAAGCUGCUCGGAGCGAGGCAGAAAGUGAAGACAGUCAGAUGUCUGAAGACUCUUUGGCUGUGGAAAGCAGUGGGAAACACCCUGCAAUGGAGAGACUUCGACGAACAGUGGCACCAACUUACUCGCUGGUGAAGGAUCCCUCUGAUUUACCCAUGGGGCACAGUUGGACUGCAGAGGACUGGGGCAACUGUCAGGAACCCCAGGUAAUCCCAGUGGGGGCGCUCUGGAGCAAGCAAGGUUCCCCAGAAUCGAGACACAAAGGAAAGAUUGGUGCAACGGGGAAUCCUCAAAGCCCGUUAGCAGCAGAUUCCAGAGUCAAAGACACUGUGCAGACGUUGGCGGAUGACUUUGGGAACAUGCAGACCGCUGUGACAAGCAGCCCACGCUCGCUGAGCAGCUGCAGCCCGAGAGAGCCAGAAAACCUGCUGGCGCUAACUGACGCCUGGUCGUCCACCGACGCAGCAGACAGUCCCCGGAUUCAAAAGGAUUCCCUGCUUUUCCAAAGAAAAAUGAUGUUCACACGUGUGGAGAGCAGCAGCACCAGUAGUUCCAGUAUGACCAGUAUGAACCUGUCAGACUCUCAGAGCGGAUACAGAAGCUCUAGCUCAACACCCACCAGCACUAAUGGUGUAAAGGAAACAGUACAUGAAAACAGACUGAUUCCAGGGGGGUCUCAGGCUCUAAAAACACCAGAAGAUGGCCUGAUGUGGAAUCAGAAAGUUGUGGAGCAACUAGGGUCACAGCUUGAAAAGGUUUUAGAUACUCCAGGCCACAGCAGCAGCACUGAAAGUCCAGCUUUCUUACCCUCCUCAGACCAGACCACUGUGUCAUACACUGGGAUUCCCUGCGCUGCACAAGCAACAUCCACCUUGCUGGUAGCUGGUGAUGCCACUAUGUCUCCUGACACUGAAAUUUGCCCCUCAGGUUGUCAGUCAGAACUUCAUUUCUCUACAAAUCCCUCCAACCAAGGCCAAGAACUGAACAAGGUGUCUGAAGCUUUGAGUGCCUUCAAACCGACCACUGAAGGUGAAUUACUAUGCAAUCUAGAUAGAAUGGAAACGCUUCUAGAUGUACAGCAGUGUGAGUUUGAGAAGACCAAAUAUUUAUCACCGACAGGGGAUGAAACCAAAGGAUCUGAGCAGUGCAUCGCGAUACAACAGGAGCUCAUUAAAUCGGCUUGUAAAAAUUCCAGGAAGAGGAACAAAGAGCAGCAGGAGGCUUUCAUUGGCAGCCUGAAAAUUCCAAAAAGGAGCAACGGCGGAGAUUUGGUAACUUUCUGCUCGACACCAGUUGACAGCCGGGAAGAUAUUCGGCUUGAUGACAAUAACAACACCAGUGACUCUAAAGGGGAGCAGCCUGCGGUGGAAACCUACAGCCAUGGAUUUGAUUCCGCUUGUGCCGAAGGCAAAGUUGGAAGAAAAGUGGCGUCAGGUGCAUCGCCAGUGUUUCAUCCUGUGAGCAAACUCUUUGAGGACUCAAAAUGUGGGCUUGCAAGUGGUGACUCUGUGGGAGAGAGAAAGGUAGUUGGAAAGAGAAAUGAAACGAUGAAGGAAGUAGUUGUGGAAACAGAAGGGGGAGAACCCCAAAUCGAUAAACAGAGAAUACAUCAAGAAAACAGAAAGAACACAUGCAAAUCCGAUGCUAUAUGUAGUGCCAUUGAGCUGAGAAUCUCUGAAAUGGUGAAAGAGCGAGUGAGAUUGUCGUUGAUUGGCAACGACGGUGAGCGGAUGAGCAUGAGUCAAAGACUGAGUGCUUCGUCGUUAUCUGCAUUUAAUUUUUGUUUCAAUGGUGAUGAACAUACAUUGACGGAGAAACAGCUGAGGGAUUGUGGGAAGGAAACCGUGAGAGAAGGGACAGACGAUAGUGGACAUGAAUCAGUGGAAAGGACACGAGAAGCCAAAGUGGCAUCAAAUGUGUCAGCUGAACUGAGGGAUAGACGUGACAGCUCCAUGCUUAAAUCCACUGAAGUAACUACUGACAUUGACCAAAGUCAUAACUUUUCUGAUGGGAUAUCAAACAAGCCAAUAAAAGAUCACUGUGUUGUCCAGGACAGCGCUCCCAUUGGCAGAAACGGAGAGUCUGAUCGCUCUGGAAACACCAUUUUGAAACAAGUUAGUUUGUCCUCAAUUAGAGAUUCUCACGGAAACAAUGUGGAGCAAAAUUCUCUAUCUCAAGAAAAGAGUGAUAGACAAAAAGUAACUUUCCAUCCAAAUUCUGCCAUGAGUGACACGCCCUUGAAGAGAGUGGACAACCAGACCUGCUCUGAUGCCCCCACCACAGUUCCAGAUGACCCACAAAUUCACCAUAAUUCAACACCUUCCAUCUCCGCUGGAGAUAUAAAUGUUAACUAUGAAUCUUGGCAUGUAGAGGCUGUCCGUUCGGAAGCCGCAUCCGGCGUUGAAGAUAAAAAUCAUCAUUCAUUCAAAAGAAGCUCACCAAAGACAAUUGAAAAACCUCAACAUUGUCGCCCAGACACAUCUGGAGCAACACAAUUAUUAUCUGAUGAAGGAAAUGUCCAAUUCACACCACCCAAUCACAACAGCGACCAGAAUACAUCCUCUAUGAAAGGGUUUGCUGUCACUCCUGGCCUUGGUGGAAAUGUCGAAACAGAAGUUAGACUGUCUAUCGCUGCACAGGAUCAGUUUAUCUGUACGCAAACCGAUUCAGAUUAUUUGGCUCAGACUUGUGAAGACAGAAUGACACACAACCAGAAGCACAAUAUGUCAAAUUCAAAGGGCAAAUGUGAUAAACGUACUGAAGUUGACAGAAAAGGAGACUGUGUGAUGAAAAACGAUGAAGGAACGUUGACUUACCAAUCUGAAUCACAAGGUCCUGAAUUUAAAUAUCAAUCAAGUGUUUCUGGUUCCACACAGCCUCUCCUCAAAAGAGCACAAGGAAAUAUUGUCAAAAACACAAGUUGCACUGGACCUCUGAUGUGCAGAGAAAGUGACGCAGACACAUCUCAUGGUACACAAGGUAAUUCUCUACCGUCUAAAAAGACCAAGUCGAAGAGGUUCAGAAAGUCUAAUAUUCAGUCUCAUUCCACCUCUUCGUCUGAGUCCUCGCUGAAGUCAUCGGAUGAGGAUGAUGAGGAGGAUGAUCAAACCACCAGAGGGCAUCACAACCGGCUCCCGUCUAAAUGGUUAAAGUUCGCCACACCACAGAAUUUUUGUUAUCAAGAAGUUAAACAAACUAGAAGUAACAGUCCAGAUGCUUCCAUGUCAUCAUUAGUGAGAAAAACUAAAAUGAAGACUUGUUCUGCCGGAAAAAGAGAGGUUAGAUUUAAUAGAGAUUACAGCCAAAAACGACACUCAUUACCUCCUCAAGCAAUGUCACAAAAGACAAACGUAGAAAAAAUCCUUACGAAUGCAAAGACAUGUGAACCUCAUCACUCACUGCAGUCCCAGGACUCCCCGAUGCAUUUUGCCUCAAGUGACAUCAACCCUUUCGUUCACCAGUGGCAAGAUGGCGACUCGAACCAGCCCUGCUAUAAGAACCCGUCGUUCGGCAGCGCCGCCGACCUCUCCUGCAAAUCUCCGCUUCUAAACAGCGCCGAGAAACGCAUGACGAGGUGCUGCAGUGUUGACAACGGUUUGAAUGGGCAGAACUCUCCUUUCAAUUCCCACCUCAGCACUUACGCCACCAGCAAGGGGCUGUCCAGCACGCUCAGCAGCAUGGAGGAUUAUAAGGAACAGGCGAACAAAACAUCUCCGCCCUGUCAACAGAGGUGUGUCGACGUUCACUGUCAUUUAGCCACGGUUAGCGGCAGUUCCUCAAGCAACGGCCUUCCUGGUGGAUGUGGUACCAACUCCAGUCAUGUGAAUGAGAUAAUGUAUGUUUACUCGUCUGAUCAAGAGUCCAAGGUGAGCAAAGUACAGGCCCAAAGACGGAGGACGUGUGAACAUGGUACACAAACAGAGCGUGGGCUGCAAACUGUACAUUUUGGUAGUGGUGGUCCAGUGAGGAACGAUCGUCACAGAAGGAGCAACACCGAUGCACCAGCAACACAGAAAACGAAGUCGGACAUUAAAGGAUCUCCCACGUGGGCCAGCAUGGAAUGCAUGUCGGCCCACCUCUCCAAACUGAUCCACAGCACCUCAGACCUUCUGGGAGACGUCCAGGAGAUGAGGACAGGUGAAGUCCGCAGGUCCGGUCUGAGGAGGAGUGUCAACUUGUCAAAUCUAAGCAUCUCUUGUGUUGAGUCUGUUGACUGCACAACGAGAGACUGCUCAACUCAAACCGCUGUGGAAAAGCUUUUCACACGAGCAGAGAAGGACGUCGUCGUCGUUCAUAAAACGCCCAGUGAAAAGCCCAAAUCUCACGAGAUCAAUGUGAUUGUCAAAGUGGUCGGCUCUGAGGGUGUCGGUGUGUCUCGAGGCAAGGAUGUGCACUGUGUGCUGGAAACAAAAACUAAGGCCGGUGGAAAAAUAGAAAAGAGCGUGUCUGACCUGAUGUUUAACGCCUCUGCCGCCUCAAUGUCGGACAAUGUCCCUCUCAAGAUGCCUCCUGUGAAGAUUGCAGCUGAAUGUCAAAGACAUGUAAGAUCGGCUUCUUCUAGAGUCUCAAGGCAAAGCACGUCCGAAUCACUGUGCCAUAAAAGUGUUGCAAUGUCUGAAAUCGCCCGUGGAGCUUCGAGAAACAUCUACCAACAGAAUCCCAGUUCAUGUGUGAGAAAUAAUCCGUCUCCUUGUUCAAAGAAACAGGCCACAUACAAAGACCGCGCAUCAUCUCCCAUUCUGACCGUGGGAGCGAGAUUACGCUUGAAGCAGAAAGGAAAACAAUCGCAAAACACAAUGUGUCCUUCAAAAUAUUCGGGUGGAACAAUGAGCCACGGUUCUGAGGAAGACAGCCCCACUGGGCCUUCUAGCCAACGGUCAGUGUGCACAUCUGUCUCAGACGAUGUGCAAAUGUCCACACCAGAUUGUGAUGUUUCAUCCAGUCAGUCAGAGUUUGUGUCACUUGAGAAGGUGAGUGAAAUUAGUUUUUCAGCCCCCAAAGGAUCAGAUAAAUCUUCUACAAGCCUUAAUUUGUCACUGGAUAGAUCUAUAAAGACCUGUAAAGAUGAGGAAAACCACCAUGCCGGCUCAAAAUGGCAGAUGACCUCUCUUCAACCGAGGACUUCUAAUUCUACAAAAGGUCCAACUCUGCACAGUCACACCCCUCACAUACAGCCGGCUAAAGCUAGACACGGAAAACCAUCAGGCUACAGAAGACCUGUCGUUGAUUCUUUGGAUGUUUGCAUUGAUCACUACGAGCCGUCACCAGCCAGCGACGGGACUGCUCAACUUCAAGAGGAUGACUUGGUGUCACUGGCGCCCAGUGAGUGCAACACAGACGUCCUCGUGAACAUUGAACCCGUCGCCGGCGUGUUCGCCUGUCAAGACCCCCGGGCGUUCCCAGAAGACCUGCCCAUGCACAACAAGUUCACCAACUGGUCGGGCAUCACCCAGCAAAAAGCCAAACACGCCAACAAGCCGAACACAUCGCUGGGCAAUGGCCGCGAAAAGAGCAGAAACUGCGGCGAAUGGAUCGAGAUAGAAAGUUCAGACUCGAACGUGGAGUCUGUGGCGCAGAGCGACAGGAGGACGAGAGAGAUAGAGAGGCUGCGGCAGGAGAGGGAGCAGGUUAUGGCGACGGUCAACCUCAGCAUGAGCACAACACACACUCCUCUGACCGUGGAGCUGACGGAGGCCAAGCUGCAUUACGGGCUGGGGGAGACAGACACGCUGUUGAAGAUGCUCUCACCGAGGUGCAAGGAUGAGCCAGAGCCACCGACCUCUGCUCCAACCAAACAGCAGCUGUAUGAUCGACAUCGUAGGAGUAUUGAGGGUUUGAGGCAGGAGAGGGAGGAGCGGCUCCAGACUUACCGGAGAGCUCGCAGUCUGAGUCCCAGCAAACAUCCUCGCUCCUCUCCUCAAGAGGCUGCUCCGUCCUCCAGGGCGCCGGCUGCCAUGCCCAGUUGCCUCAAAGAGCCCCUGCAACAGCUGCGCCAAGAUGUGAUAGACAGCACCAGAAUUACAAGUCCUCCUAAAGGAGAGAGCCAGUAUCCGUCCGACAUUGAGCAAAUGCUGCGCGACUACGGCCGAGCUCGGGAAGAAGCCAGGACAGAGAUUGCAAAGGCGCGAGAACGACUGCGAGAGAGGACGGAGCAGGAGAAGAGGAGGCUCCAGCAACAGGCCCUGUCUCAGGAAGUGAAGGAUGACCUGAGGCAUCGGACGAGGAUCAGUAACAGCACCUUGUGCACCGGAUCCAGCCUGAGUCUUUCCUCUGGACCCACAUCAGGGUACAACAGUGGCAACACUGUCCAGCUACAGCCCAGCAACCGACCAGUUCUGACUGGACAGACGACGGGGUUUCAGGAUGAAGGGCUAAAGGUCAGGACACGUCCUCCUAUGUGUGGUCCUCAAAGUGUGAAGACGCAGCGAGUCUGGCUGUCUGCCCAGGAUGUCCGCCUUGAGUCCUCUAUCACUGGGUUUGAGCCCCUGAUGACAUCGUCUCCAUCGCCGCCCACUUGUGCGCGUAAACGCACCGCCUCCUUUGGCUCCUCCUCUUCCAUCUGCACAACCUAUCAGGAUAUAGCAUCCAUUCUCCUUCGGCAAGCUCUCGCUGAGGUACGACUUGCUUCCGCCAGAGAUUUGACCAACCUGGUGAUGGGGAAGGCCACAGCAGACUGGAGGUACCAAGGAGAAGAACGAGGUGUCCAGGUUUACUACAAGCCCUCGUCCAGCCCGUCUGUCCAUGGCUUCCUGGCAGCCGCAGAGCUGGACAGACCUCUGGACACACUGUGGUGCGUCAUCUGCCAGCUGUCCAAGAGCCACAUGUACAAUCACUCGGUUCGUUCUGUCUGGACACGACCACUAGAUGACAGCACUCAGCUGGUCUACAUACUCACAGAUCCAUCGACGUGCCACCUCAGCCAACCGCGCGACUUCUGCUGCAUCAGCACCGAGUCCAAACUGGGUGGCCUGUGUGUGCUGGCGAUGCAGUCGGUGUUCGAGGAGUCCCUGCCACGUCCCAGCGUGGUCGCCGUUCGGGGGGAAAUGAUGCCCAGUUGUUGGGUCCUCCAGCCAAUUAGACGUGGUGGUAAAGAAGCGACCAGGGUCAUAUACCUGCUGCAGGUGGACCUGGGAAGUCCAUCUUUUCCUGCCCGCCUCUUGAACACUGUUGCCCGACGACAGGCGGCCGUCAUCGCUGAUCUCGACCUUUUCCUCGCUGCGUGAAUCCAGCGGACACAUGAAGACACGUCAGCAGUGAGCACUUAGACUAAACUCUCUCCCCAGCAUGGAGUUUAGUAUGUGUUUGGAAUUUGCACCUGAGAUUUAUUUACUUGACUUUUUUUUUUUCAUUUUUAUUUCCAGAGCACUGUUACAUGUUGAUUCCCAGCUACAAAGUUGAAGCAGCUUAUUUUUGGUUUUGUAUGAAGGUAUUUUUUUAUAUAAGAUGAUAAAGCUGUAUUUUUAUAUUUGUACAUAUCCACGAAUGCUUUUAAAAAAAACCCUAAUCCUAUUUUUACCAAAGAUUGAUUGGAAGUCUUAAGCUAAUGAUUUGGCACAUUUAGUAUAUUGCAGUUGGGAUUAGACGUAAUUUGAUGUAAUAUUUUGAUAAUUCUGUCAUAACCCGAUAAGCACCAGCCAAUUAGAUUCCUUAGUGCCUGUUUAGCCAUUUUGUUUAUAAAUGAGCCGCAACCAAAGUCAAGGUCAACACCAGCAAUAGAGAAAAAAAACAGAAAUUUAAGAGUUGGUCAGUGGAUGAUUGUGAUGUAUAUUAACCACACUAGUGUCUCCCCAGUGUAUAAUUUCUAUCUAUCUCUGAUAGAUGCAGCUAGAAGGACGUGUCAGUGCACCUGAGAUUAAAACUGUACAAAGAAGGCAGCAUCACUUUGUACCAGAUCUGGGGUCAAGCAAUGUGUUGAAGGUUUGAGAGACAUUUUUGUCAGAUAUGAAAGCUGGAACAUUGAGAAACAUUUACAAAGGAAAGAAUUAGUUGAAUUUCUUUCUUUCCUUUUUUUAAAAUGAAAGAAGUAAAACCUGAGUUUUCCUGACGGGUUGAACCCCAUCCAAACAUACAGUAUGAAGGAAAUAUUUUUGCAAAUACUAUUCAGCCCAGAUUUUUCCAUAUUUUAACCACUUGGUGAAAUUAUUAUGCAGAAAAUGAGUUUUCAAAUGUCCUUGAGCAGAUUUUCGCACAUAACGGCGAAAAGGGUAGAAAUUCAGUGUCUAAGGGACUGUACAAAAGGGAUUAUGGAAUGGGUCACAUAAGAGGCAGGAUAUAGUAAUUUAAGUUUGACUGAAGGUAGUUUUACCUUUUUUCGGGAGGGCAGUAAAAUUAAUUUUAGCCUCCCACUAUGAAGCUUGGUUCGUAAAGGUUUUUGUCUGUGUUUUAUCGUCUUUAAGCACAUAAUUGGCAGUACCAAGGUUUAAAUUAAAGGCACAUGAUUAAUCAAGUUGGACCAUUUUUUUAAGUUUGCUGGGAGGAUGUUUUUAUCGUCUCACUGCCACAAUAAUUUUGCUACAUUCCCUAACCUAUGGAUCGGAUAAAACAGAGGUUUAUUGAGGGGAACACGAAGGAUUACUUAAUUAGUCUUUGACUGUUAAAUUUAAUGUAUGUGUUUAUAUGUUUGAACACUGAACAUUUUAACCACUGAGCAGCUUUUUCUCCACAGAAAAUCUGAUCUCAAGACAGUUUUGUAGCAAAACAGUGUUCCCUCGAGUUCCCCACAGGCUCCAGGGAUGAUGCUCUGUAGACCCUGACCUCUGACCUCCCUGUUCUUCAUCAGUACUUCAUGGUACCCCCCAAAUCUGCAUAAGAUGAGUGUUAAGGCCUUUUGUUUUCUCACCUGUUGCAGGAGUCUGUUGUAUUUAUGUUGAUCCUCCUGCCUGCAGUUUGAAACACUGUCGAAUGUGUUGCCGCUCGCACAAAACCGUUUUAUGCAUUUAUUGAUGUUUUUGUUUUUGUUAUGUACAGUGUGAAAUCUAUGCAGACGGCGAAUCUUAAAGUGCAGGACUGCUCUCAGUCAGAGCUGGGUCAUUCUGGAUCCAGACACAAAGCCAUAUUAUUUACAGUAGUUGAAGGAUUCAGGACUGUUUUGGGGUCCGCCACUGCAGCGCUCCAGUUUGUGACUUAAGACGUUAACGGGGCAACCAAAGAGAAAAGAGACGCGAUACUGAAGACGCGAAGGAGAAAAACUUUUGUACUGAUUUCUUUUGUUUGUGUAUCGACAUGUUUUCAAGUGCCCGUUAUUGUGUGAAAGGCAUUGUUAUUUAUGUUUUGACAUUGUGUGGUAAAUGUAUUUUAUUAUAAACACUCUGCUUCCUGUUACUUAUAAGAUGUUAUCGCCUUGUGUGUGGCCUUUUUAAAACAUUUUUUUUCAAUACAAAACAUAUUUUAAAAUGAA